AUGCGGUUUGAUUUUGAGUGCUCCAACAAUGAAGCAGAGUACGAAGCGCUAUUAGCGGGCCUGAGAAUGGCCCAGUCCAUGGGAGCAACACGGGUCGACGCAUACGUUGACUCUCUGCUGGUCAAUAAUCAGGUGAAUGAGACCUGUGAAGCCAAGGACGAGACAAUGGCAAAAUACUUGGCUAAAACCAAGGAACUCAUUGCUUCAUUCGACAACGUUACACUCAAUCACAUCCAUCGGGGAAGAAACCAAAUAGCUGAUGCCCUAAGCAAGCUAGCUACUUCUGGCAUGGAAAAAGAGGUGAAGGUGGAAACGCUCCAGUCACCUUCCAUAGAGUUCCGGGAAGUAUUCGCUGUUACAGCGGAAGAACCCUACUGGAAGUCAUAUUUGGGACCACUAUUACGGUGUGUAUCCCCCGCGGAAGCCAUGUACUUAAUCCAAGAAAUACACGCCGGACCCCGGGCAAUUGUCGACAAAAUCCAAAACGCUGGAUACUAUUGGCCUGGGAUGCAUGAAGACGCGGUAGACGAACUCAGAAAGUGCCGCAGCUUUCAAAAAUUUGCCCCACAACCACUCCGCCCUAAAAACAACUUGAUUCCCGUUACGGCGGCCUGGCCUUUUCAAAAAUGGGCAGUUGAUAUUGUGGGACCAAUCUCGCUAGCCCCAGGGAAGCUAAAGUACUUAAUUGUGGCAAUCGACUAUUUCACCAAGUGGGUCGAAGCAAAGCCUCUUGCCAAGAUAACUGCUGAAAAUGCCAAGAAAUUCCUGUGGGAACACAUAGAAUGCCGAUUUGGAUUGCCGCUGUAUCUUGUGAGCGACAAUGGAACACAAUUCAUAGAGAGGGUCCUACAAGAUUGGUGUGCAGAACUUCAGAUUCAACAAAUCUUUACAUCGGUCGCGCAUCCCCAAGGAAACGGCCAAGUGGAGCGUGCAAAUAGGAGUCUGCUGGAUGGAAUCAAAAGAAGGUUAGGCUACGAGGGAAGCUCUUGGGUAGAAGAAUGGCCAAACGUCCUUUGGGCACAUCGAACCAUGCCCAAGACAAGCAACAAUGAAACCCCCUUCAGCCUAACCUAUGGCACAGAGGCCACGAUACUAACGGAAGUUGGGCUACCUUCGCUAAGACGCCUAACAACUGAGGAUGAUAAUGACAGGCUCCUAUGGGAAGGCCUGGACCUCCUUGAAGAACGACGCGAAGCAGCCGCCAUCAGCGAGGCAAAAUACAAGAAAACCUUAGAAAGGUACUAUAACCAACGCGUGGCUCAGCAAACUUUCAAGGAGGGAGAGUAUGUCAUGCGAGAUAACGAGUCCAGUAGAGUCGAACCUUCAAGCAAGCUGGGACCCAACUGGGAAGGCCCUUACAUAAUCCAAGAAGACUUAGGUAAAUGGGCGUACCGCCUAUCCAAGCUCGAUGGCACAGCGAUUCCACGUAGCUGGAACGUUGCUCAGUUGAAGAAAUGUUACAUGUAG